CAAACGCAUACAGCAUGAACUCGGACCACUACACGCAAAGCUGAAGGCCUUGAAAGACUACCACUUCGACAUUUGACCAAUGAGUACUUCUGAAUUGUUCACGCUUCCUGGCGGAAUAUACGGCGCAACGCCAACAUUUUUCCACGAAGACGAAUCUGUGGAUAUUCAAACUUGUGUAGAGCAUAGCAUUCAUCUCGCCAAAGCUGGUGUCGUCGGGCUUGUCCUCCAGGGUUCGACUGGUGAAGCCGUUUCUUUGACAAGAGAUGAGCGCAGACAAAUCAUUGCUGCUGCACGGCAAGGGCUAGAUGAUGCGCAUCAUCAAGAAGUCGUGAUUGUUGCUGGCAUUGGUGCAGGCUGUACAAGAGAGGCAAUCAAUCUGGCAAGAGAUGCAGCAGAAUCAGGGGCUAUUUGCGGCAUUUCACUUUGCCCAUCCUACUUCAUCGGCCAAAUAUCUGACAACGUCAUCGUCGACUACUACACUAGGCUUGCCGACAUGUCUCCCAUUCCAAUCUUGAUCUACAAUUUUCCUGCUGUCACGAACGGCCUCAACAUUUCUGCUGUCGUGCUUGCACAGCUGGCACAGGUUCCAGGAAUUGUAGGAUGCAAGUUGACAUGCAACUCAAUUGCAAAGAUGCAAUAUCUUUCUCCAAGUGGCGGCAACCUGCAGAGGCCCUUUCAGGUGUUCCCGGGCUCCACCGAGUUCUUGUCUGCUGCCUGUACAGCAGGUGUCGCGGGUUCUAUCACAGGUAUGGCCAAUCUCUUUCCUUACACAGUUGUGCGACUGUGGCAUCUGCUGCAGACUGGCAAAGACAAGGAAGAAGCCCAACGCUUACAGAUUCUCGUUACAAAUUAUGAGUACCACAUGAUGAAGGCCUUCCUGCCGGGUGUACGUGCAACACUUGAUAUUCUCGGCCGGCAUGGCGGUCAUUCCCGGGCGCCGCUGCCAGACGCAACAAAGGAGGAGGUUGAGUUCUACGCUUCGCAAAUGACAGACAUUGCUGCAGAAGAGAAGCGGCUCGCUGCUCUUGGCUGAUGUGGGAGUCUCGUGACAGGCAGUCAAGCGCCGGAUCUUACCAGGAGUUGCCCAUCAAUCUGCACAUCGACUGCUUGGGCUGUUUGCAAGUCUAUUACUCGAAUGUCCCUAAGUCUCAUCAUGCCAAUAUUCAUAGCAAUGAAUUGCAAUUGGACAAGACGCAUGGCUUUUGGUGCUAGAGGUCCUACACGCACCUCAUUUGUCAGACAAAUCAAAUCCACAUCACCGCCCACUGCAGUCCUUAGACUUUGGCGACCUUGCAGCGAUAGUCUUUGAUCAUUUGAUGUUGGUAGCAUUGGCAGCUGCUUGGAUCCUUGCGUAGAUUGUGGCACUUGUACAAGGAGUGCCUUGUGUUGAUUCGUUUGAUUGCUCACAGCUAGAGAUACUGUAAUUGUCUCUCCAAGUAGACAGCCUGUCGGUGUUGUAAUCUUCAGCUGAAUGCCUUC